UCAGUCAUUAUUCCCCCCUUCUCGGUUGUAUUUACGUUUUCUCCAAAUAAACAAUCGAACCGUUUGUUGUUUUUGGUUAAUAAAGCAUUGGGAAUGAUAUUGAGUUAAUAAUCCAGAUUUUUUGUGAUUAUUAUGGAGGUGACACGUGAAAAUUUCCAAGAGGUUCUUCAAGAACUUGAUCAUGUUCUCGGAAAAGCUACGUUCCUGACGAUCGAUGGAGAAUUCACUGGGCUGAAUUCUGGACCGGAGGCUAAGGCUUUCGAUACACCUGCUCAGUACUACCUGAAGUUGAGGUCCGGCUCCAUGGAUUUUCUACUUGUGCAGUUUGGACUCUCUGUGUUUACUCAUGAUACUGUAACGAACAAGUACAAUCAGAGGACGUACAACUUUUACGUUUUUCCACGUCCUUUGAACAGAACAGCUCCAGAUUGUCGCUUCAUGUGUCAAGCGUCGUGUAUAGCAUUUUUAGCUAGUCAGGGAUUUGAUUUUAACAAAUUAUUCACGAAGGGGAUUCCUUAUUUAGCGACGUCAGAGGAGGAGAAGUUGAUGAAACGAUAUGAAGAGAAGCAGAAGAUCAGGGAGGAGGGGCUGGAUAUGAUUCCGAUAUCGGAGGAAGACAAGCCUCAGAUCACAGAAAUAUGUCAGAGAAUCGAUGAAUUCCUCGAAUCUGAAGCAGAAGAGCUCCUGAUCGAACGAUGUAACGGCUACAUAAGGAGAUUAGCGCACCAAGAAGUCAGGCAAAGGUGGCCGAAGAAAAUUCGUCUGGAGAGCAGAGUGGAGGGAGGAUCUCAAAACUUGAUGGUGUACAAGAUGGGAUCGAAGGAAGAAGAAGAGAAGAAACAGAAGGAACGGCAGGAAAAGGAACGAAUGGAGAUGAAGGAAGCUGUUGGACUCAGUGCAUUACUCAGAAAAAUUGCAGACUCAGGAAAAUUGAUAGUUGGACACAAUAUGCUUCUGGAUCUCUGUCACAUAGUUCACCAGUUCUUCGGACCCCUUCCAGAGAGUUAUUCAGAGUUCAAAUCACUCAUCCAUGGGUUAUUUCCAAAAUUAAUAGAUACGAAGGUCUUUUCAUCUCUUCCACCAUUCAAAGACCUCAUUCCAUCAUCUAUACUCAAUCACAUGCUGGAUACAGUGAAGAAAGAUCCGUUCUCAAUCCCUGAAAUUACCUCGAUAGAAAACAGAAGCUAUAUGACGAAUCAAGAGGUUUACCACGAGGCUGGAUUCGACGCUUAUGUCACUGGAUUGUGUUUUGUGGCUAUGGCGAAUUAUCUGGGUUCUCAACAGAGUACAAAAGUAGACACUGUACUCCCAGAUUCAUCUUUGCUUGGUCCUUUUCUCAAUAAAUUACUGAUAUUGAGACUGAAGGACUUUCCUUACAUUAAUCUAGUGGGGCCAGAUCCAAAUCCCAGCAGAGAUCAUGUGUUCCAUGUGACAUUCCCGAAAAAUUGGAAGCUUAAUAAUUUAUCUCAAACUUUCAAUCCUUGGGGUGGUGUGUAUGUAUCCUGGCUAUCAGAUACAACAGCCUACGUGGGUUUAAAUCGUCGUGAACAGGCCCCCGGUCUCAGGAAGAAAGUCAAGAAAAACGGUCACCUCGGUGACUGUCAGAUUCAAACGUACACGAGGCAUCAGGCAUCAACCGAGUCAAUCAAAGAUAAUAAUACAGAGGUCGAUCGUAAACGGAAACAACCACCAACAGAGAGUUCUGCAGUGAAAAAGGACACUCCCCGAUCAGACGCUGAUGGUUGGGAGUUUACAUCAGGCAAACGAAGACGGAAGCGUGGUAAGGGUGCGGUCACGGAAAACGAGAAGGACGCAGAGCCAGGUGGAGAGAAACCAUUCGACGAGGCCUCUUGGGAGUAACACUGAAACACAAGACAAAUUGAAAACAAAAAUCAUCAACAACUGAAUGAUUAUUAGAUACUCUCAAUUUCAAUGAUUAAUAAAAGUGGACUCAACUCGAACGUACAAAUUUUUUUACUUAUACCACAAGUACGAUGAAUUGUCUAAUUACCAUGGAAAAAGUGCAAGCAACAUCUGAGUUUUGAAACUGAACUGAGUGAAUCUCUCAGCACUAGAGAUGUGAGUGACAAAAAUUACCUGUCAAAUGACCGUCAAGGACCACUGUCAUAUCGAUAAUUACCACGCCGAAAAUCUGACCAUAUGGUCAGAGAAAAAAAUGGCGAUUGGCCAUAAGCAUGAAAUGACCGAAUAAAUUUUGACCGUCAAUUUCCAUCUAUAUAGAUGAAAUUGUUGAAAAUUUUCAGCUGAAAUUUCCAGUACAUUUUUCGGAAUUUGCUAUCACGUUCAAGUUCUACUGAAAUUUCAAGGAAUUUUGUCAUUGAAAAUUCCGAAUUUUGGGAAAAAAUUCAUGAG